AUGCUAGGCGAUGAUGGACAACAGCCGAACGCCACAGCUCAUGGGAAUCCGGAUCCUACCAUUGAUGAGUUCGUACCUGCACCUGAGGGCGGUACCCGAGCUUGGAUCGUGGCGGCUGGCGGUGGCGCUAUCUUCUUCAGCACUCUGGGUUUCGCCAAUUCUUUCGGUACAUUCGAGGAGUACUAUCUCAGUCACCAGUUGAAGGACUGGUCAGCCUCCGACAUCUCAUGGAUUGGGUCCUUGGCAAUCUUCCUCCAGUUCUUCGCCGGUAUGCUCAGUGGGCCCCUAUUCGAUCGCUAUGGCGAGAAGGUUAUUCGGCCGGCGUCCGCGCUUUACGUUCUCUUCAUGAUGAUGCUCAGUCUAUGCAACAGCUACUGGUCCAUCAUGCUCGUGCAAGGUGUUCUCAUGGGCACUGUGAUGGGCCUCUUGCAGAUCCCAGCUUUCGCUGCUGUCUCACAAUACUUUGAAAAGAACCGCGCUGGUUCGCUUGGCCUGGUGGCUUCCGGCUCAUCUAUCGGUGGCAUCAUUAUCCCAAUUGCUUUAUCCAAGAUGCUAAACGGAAGCUCACUGGGUUUCGGCUGGUCAGUACGGAUUAUUGGAUUCAUCAUCCUGCCUUUCGUACUGUUCGCCGCCGCGGGUGUCAAGCCUCGAUUGCCUCCGCGCAAAACCGACUUUUGGCUCAUCUCGGCUUACAAGGACGGCCGCUUCGUCAUCCUCAUCAUCGCUCUCUUCUUCAUGUUCUUUGGAAUGUUGACGCCCUUCUUCUACCUGCCCACCUACGCCGUCUCGAGAGGCAUGAGUCCGACGCUCGCUGGCUACUUGCUCUCCAUCCUGAACGCCGCUUCCACCUUUGGUCGCAUCAUACCCGGCGUGCUAGCGGAUAAAUGGGGCAAGAUCAACAUGUUCGGCUUUGGAGGCGUGAUUACGGGCAUCGUCAUUUACACCAUGAACGCGGCUGACACCAACGCAGGCCUGGUCGUGUAUGCAGUCUGCUUCGGUUUCACCUCUGGCACCAUCAUCUCGGGAGGGUCCGCUGCAUUCUCUACGUGUCCAAAGGACGCAAGGAACGUUGGGACUUAUAUGGGCAUGGGAAUGGCCAUCGCCGGUCUCGGAGGGCUGGUCGGACCCCCUGUGAACGGAGCAAUCGUCAAUGCCUAUGGGGGAUUUCACCAAGUCUGCAUGCUCAGUGGUACCCUGUGUCUUGUUGGCGGGUUGAUCGCAAUUUCUGCCAAACGAUGGACCCCACAAGGCCUCCUAGGCAAUGUCUAA